CUGAAAGUGUGUGAGUAGAGAGAGAGAGAGAGAGAGAGAGAGAGGGAGGGAGAGAGAGAGAGAAAAUCAGCAGUGUGUGUGAGAGGUUGAAGGAUCACUUCUAUCCCGUCUUGUUUUGGGGAGACUAACCUUGUUCAUCUGAGCAUUGUGGGACUGUUUUAUGUUGUUGUUGUCGAGAGAGACGGACCCGUACUCCAGCAUGCUCACUGAGCCUGAGCUACCUCAGGAGUGUAACAGGAUGUCUUCCAAGCGACCAGCCUCUCCAUAUGGGGGGACAGAUGGAGAGGUAACCAUGGCAACCAGCAGACAGCGAGUGGAGGAUGAGGAGAGUGAGGGACUGGGCGGUGUCAUCCACCUCCCCCUGUCGUCCUACUGCGGCAAGGUGUCCCCUCGCUCGCCCCCCAACCGCAACUUGGACAGCCCCCCCAACACGGAGCAGGACGGCACUAAGGGGAGCUCACUGAGCCCUUACCCUCAGCACAAUGCUACCUCACCAGGCAAGGAGGAAGGCGGAGGAGGGGGGCGGGCCUGCAGCGACGGGGGCUCCACCACGGGCGCCCUGGGCACCCCCGAGAGGCGCAAGGGCAGCCUGGCAGACGUCGUGGACACACUGAAGCAGCGCAAGAUGGAGGAGCUGAUCAAAAACGAGCCAGAAGAGGCCCCCAGCAUUGAGAGGCUGUUGUCAAAGGACUGGAAGGAUAAACUUUUGGCCAUGGGCUCAGGGCACAUCGGAGAAAUUAAAGGUACCCCAGACAGCCUGGCGGAGAAAGAGCGCCAGCUCAUGGGCAUGAUCGGCCAGCUGAGCAGCCUGAGGGAGCAGCUCCUGGCGGCCCACGAGGAGCAGAAGAAGCUGGCCGCCUCGCAGAUGGAGAAGCAGAGGCAGCAGAUGGAGCUGGCCAAGCAGCAGCAGGACCAGAUUGCCCGGCAACAGCAGCAGCUUCUGCAGCAGCAACACAAAAUCAACCUCCUGCAGCAACAAAUCCAGCAGGUCCAGGGCCAGCUCCCUCCCCUGAUGAUUCCCGUCUUUCCCCCGGACCAGCGGACUCUGGCAGCGGCCGCAGCCCAGCAGGGAUUCCUGAUGCCCCCUGGCUUCAACUACAAGCCUGGCUGCAGUGACCCCUACCCUCUUCAGCUCAUCCCCACAACAAUGGCUGCUGCGGCCGCCGCCACACCGGGCCUGGGACCCCUACAGCUCCAGCAGUUGUACGCCGCCCAGCUGGCGGCCAUGCAGGUGUCCCCGGGGGCCAAGCAGCACGGAGGCAGCCUCCCACCUCAAGCCAACCUGGGCACACACUCCCCACCCACCAACACACACUCGCAGAGCGACAAGGGCCGCAGCUCCCCGCCGCCAAGCAAGACCAAGGACAGUGAGGGUGCACAGCCACUGAACCUGUCGGCCAAGCCUAAGGCAUCCGAGAGCAAGUCACCCAACUCCCCCCCAACUUCCCCACAGGUCCCUGCUGCUGCUGCCGCCACCAAGCUGGGCCCUGCCGGCUCCAUGAAGCACAGCGUUGCCCCCUCCAGCAUUGGUGGACCACCGGCGAGAGUCAGCUCAAUAGCAGACUUGUUGUCGUCACUGUCCUCAACCGCCUACCUGAACGACCACGAGGCCGUGACCAAGGCCUUCGCCGAGGCCCGGCAGAUGAAGGAGCAGCUGAAGAGAGAGCAGCAGGUCCUGGACGCCAAGGUGGCCGCCGUCAGCAACCUCAGCCUCAACAACGGACGCUCAGACAAGGACAAAGCUGCCUUGGAGAGUCUGAGUCAACAGCUGAAGCAGCAGGCGGAGGACAAGUUCAGCCACGCCAUGCUGGACUUCACCAUGAGCGGGGAGUCUGACGGCUCCCCCAGCGUGUCCGACUCCAGAAUAUUCCGCGAGGCUCGAGGUCGGAGCAGCAGCGAGCCGCACAUCAAACGGCCGAUGAACGCCUUCAUGGUGUGGGCCAAGGACGAGCGGCGGAAGAUCCUGCAGGCCUUCCCCGACAUGCACAACUCCAACAUCAGCAAGAUCCUCGGCUCGCGCUGGAAAGCCAUGACCAACCUGGAGAAGCAGCCGUACUACGAGGAGCAGGCGCGCCUCAGCAAGCAGCACCUGGAAAAGUACCCCGACUACAAGUACAAGCCGCGGCCCAAACGCACCUGCCUGGUGGACGGCAAGAAGCUGCGCAUUGGCGAGUACAAAGCCAUCAUGAGGUCCCGCAGGCAGGAGAUGAGACAAUACUUCAGUGUGGGGCAGCAAGGCCAGCUCCCCUUGUCCUCGGCAGGCGUGGUUUACCCCGGCGCCCUCUCCAUGGCCGGAAUGCCCUCCCCCCAGAUGCCCUCCGAGCACUCGAGCAUGUCCAGCAGCCCCGAGCCCAACGCCAACCACCACCCGAACCCCCAUGUGACCGGCCUGAAGGGCGACGAGCCCCGCAUCAAGGAGGAGGAGCUGCGGCUAGACGACAGCAACGGCGACGUGUACGACGACUUCGACUACGAGGACGAGGAGGCGGACUACGCCAGCGACAACGAGAACCACAUCACCCAAUAGGGCGGCCUCGCCGCCCGCCCAGCUGGUUAAAUGUCACACACACAGGAAAAACAAAAAAACUAUUAAAAACAAAACAAAACAAAAAAAAAACCCAAACCCAACCAAUCAGGAAGAAAACUCUCUUUUGCCAAUCACCUUGAGAAACAAUUUCACCAGAACGAAAAGCCACCGACUUCCCCCGUUCCUCUUUAACUAACAUGGACUCUUUUUAAUAGAGCCAGCUGCCCCCCCCCCCCCCCCCCCCCCCCCUUCCCCUCCCCCCCUCCCUGAGUCCUGAUACCAGCAUCUGAUCAAUCAACUGAAGCACAGGACCCGUCACUCACACUGACUGUUACACAGAGCUGGUGUCCGCGGGGCCCGAAGACGACCGCCGAGCCCGGGGGAAAACGUUCCAGUACUACUGCGAGAGUCUCGAGCGCGACGCCACGAGUGAGGAGAACUGCCGACUGCUCUCAGAAAGCAACCUUUCAAGUCCUGUUUGUAGAAAAAUUUAAAAAAAAAAGGAGAACUUUUAACAAGUGGACCUGUCAAAGGCGAACAGACGACACUUUAAAGAUGGCGGACCUGUUUAUUAUCAAGAGACACUUUUAAAAAAAAAAAAAAAAAAAACAGCUUUUUUUGUUCUUUGGUUCUAUAAUAUUCUCACUCAGGUACACGGUGCCAAUAAGUGGCUUGUGAAUGUGAUUUGUUGUUUUUGUGCUACAAGUUUGAAUAAUAAUAGAAAAAAGAGACAUUUCUUUUUUUCCCCCCCACCCUUUUGUUGUAAAGCACCUGAAAGACAUCAGACGUUUAUUUUUAACAAAAAGAUAUGUUUUCUUCUUGGGCCUGGCAGUGUUGCUGCCAGCGGUUCCCCCCGCCCCCCCCUCCCCUCCCUCUGUGUUUUGGUGACAGCCCGCCGUCCCUUCCUCCCCCUGUUCUGGGAUCCAAACGGGACAGUCCAGCCAGGACUGACCAGCACAGCGUGGACUGUCCCACUCUGAGCGGAUUCUCAGGGUGUGUGUGUGUGUGUGUGUGUGUGUGUGUGUGUGUGUGUGUGUGUGUGUGUGUUGGGGGGUGUAAGUGCGGGAGUCUCUCUGGCAUCGAGGAGCAGAAACAAAAGCACUGUGUUUGUGAGACAAUCCAGCAGUUUCCUUCUCGCUCCGUCCCUCUCAUCUCGAUCUCGUCCAGGGCAAAACAUCAGUACGACUUAUCGCUGUGUGUGUGCGUGCAUGUGUGUGUGUGUGUGUGUGUGUGUGUGUGUGUGUGUGUGUGUGUGUGUGUCGGAGCGUGUGUCAAGUGUGCUCAUUUACAGGACAAACACUCUUCCCCUUGAAGAAAACAAGCGACGCAUACACACAAACAGGCAACUCUUGCUGCUGCUGUUAUUUACUGCACACACACACACACACACACACACACUAUUGUUCUGUUUGUCAGUGUUUCCUCGCUCCCCUCCAAUCACGUUCGUCCUGCUGAGACACAGCGGUCGAAGCCGAGGUGAAGUCAGCCAGUCAGUGUUUCUGUUUGUAUUUGAAUUCUGUAUUUUAUUAUUUCUCUUCAAACUGCCUCUUAGUCUAAUAAUAUUAUUAACAAUAAUUCUAAGGAUGGUCAACGUUUCCUAAGUUUAGUAAGUUAUGUACAGUAUAAUUUAUUUUUCUCCUCUUUAUUGGGUUUUUAUGACCAUAUGAAACUAUGACAGUCGAUGACGCAUUCUAUUUAGCUGUUAGUUAUUUAGAUCUAAACAAAAAGUUGUCAUUUUACCUUAAUUUUUGUUUCCCCCCCCAGUUGGGGGUUCCCCUUCUUUUUUCAAUGCGUUUGUUUUGUAUUAAUCCCGCGGAGGGACGGGCGGGUGGAGUUGGGACAGCAUCCGGACUCGCCGCCUCGCUCUCCUCCGAGCUGAAGACCUUUCUAUCACGUCCAAACCCAUUUCUAAGAAGCACUCAGCCUCUGCGCAGUCAGAGAAAAAGAAGAACAUGACUUUUUAUUGUUAUUAUAAUUUUAUUUGUAAUGAUUAUCAUAAUGUAUAAUGUGAAGUUUCCUCUCUUUUUCUUUUUUUUUUUUUUUUUUUUUCCUCAUUGGGAAUCGGUUUCGUUUCUUUUUGGAAGCUGUUUUCCGUGAACUGAGAGACCCGUCCCGGUUUACUGGGCCUGGCCGCCUCGCCGCGACACAGCGGAGCACCUUUGGCCCGGAUCCACGCCACACGUACAUGCACAAACACAAUCACGUCCGCACGUCACACAUUUACGACGAAGAGAUUAUCAUGACAAACCAAACCAAUCUGAUGCUGUCCUUUCUGUUUUUCCCUGUACAUAUUUUUUUUUUUUUUUUUGUGAUAGCAGUGAUUUUUUUUUUUUUUUUUUUUAAUGAAUAAUCAUAGGAAAGCAGUGUUUACCGUGAUCUGCCAAGGGUGUGCCGCUGUGCGCGUGAGCCGACCGGGCGCCUCGACAGUAUCUUUACCUUGUCAUCAGGAGCCCUUUGCUUUGUUUGAGCUCCACGCGAUGCUACAGGAGCCAUGACUACUCUUCAGGUGUGCCGUCACGUGGUGAUCCCCACAAUCAUCCCCCGCUAUAGAUGUUCGCUACGCGCCACAUAACCAGCUUCUGGGUCUUAAUUUUGCUGUAUAGUCACCCCCAACCCCCCCUCCCCGUUAUCACACCAUUGUUCAACCCAAUGCUGGAAAGAGGCGGGGGGGGGAGGGGACUAAGUGGAUCGAUCCGUGUUUUUUUAUGAGGGUGGGCGAGGCAUUUAGACAUCAAAUCAUCCCUGCUGGCAAGGUUUGUCCCCCUAUCAAGACAAUGAAAAUGAUGAUAUUAUUUAAGACAAUCAAAGUCAUGAGUGGAGCUCAAAACAAAGUAAGAAUUAUUACAAGUAAACAAAAAAAAAAAAUAUCUUACCAUCUCAACUUGAAAAAUCAAGAAAGAUAAUUAUGUAAAUAUAACAUAGAGUUAUAGAUUUAUAUUUUGUUCAUAACACAGUGUAAUAUAAGUUGUAUAUUUCUUUUUUUCUCUCCCUACUGUCUCUUUUAUUGAUGUUAUCCAUGCCACAGAAAAGCAAGAGUCGCUGUGCUCUCACAAAAAAAAUGAAGAAAAAUAUCAAAGAAAUAAAGAAAAACAGGAAAAAAAAAAAAAAAAAA